AUGGAGAAUGCUCGGGUGAUGGUGCUUGCUGCGACGAAUCGUCCGUCGGAGCUUGAUGAAGCAAUUCUUCGACGUCUUCCUCAGGCCUUUGAGAUUGGGAUUCCUGAUCACAAAGAGAGGGUUGAGAUACUGAAGGUGAUUUUGAAGAAUGAGAAGAUUGAAAAGGACAUUGACUUUGACCACAUAGCUGGCUUGUGUAAUGGAUACACUGGUUCAGAUCUUCUUGAGCUCUGCAAGAAUGCUGCAUAUUUUCCCAUCAGGGAUCUACUUAAUGACGAGAAGAAUGGGAAGUCAUCUCCGGAACCAAGGCCAUUGUCACAAUUAGAUCUGAAGAAAGUUGUUGUCACAUCAAAAAAAACAUUGGUUGCCGCGAGUGAGUAUACCAGGUUAAGCUCGCGAUCACCGGGAUGGCCAAGUCAUGGGGAGCCAGAUGAUUACCAUGUCCAAGCUGCAAUCAGUGAGAUCUCUAAAGUGGUGGUUUCCCAAAUGUUGAACCUUCGGUCGGAUACCUCAAAUCCUUGA